AUGGAUCCUAUUGGUACUUACAACCCACGUACUCUAUCACAACUUAGCAAGAUUUCACCGCAGAUUGAUUGGGAUUUGUUGAUUUCUCACUUACAACCUUCAUCAUCACCUCAUCAAGAUUCUAUUAUUGUCACCUCACCAACUUAUCUCGCUAAUCUUUCCAGUCAAGUAUUAGAACCAUCAUCUCCGGAUACUCUUCUCACUUAUUUGAUCUGGCGUACAAUCAAUGUUUAUGUAGAUGCUCUUGGAGAAGAUUUACGAAAACCAAGCGACAAAUUAAUGGCCAAAAUCCAAGGUAGAAAUGCAAAGGUGACUGAACCUCGGUGGGAAACAUGUUUACAACAAGUGGAUAAUUCUUUGGGCUUCAUGGCUGGUCGAUUAUUUGUGCAAGAAAAGUUUGGUGGCAAUGCUAAAGAACGAGCUGAUGAUUUUAUCGAUUCUAUCAAGCAAGUCUUUCUUGAACGUUUGCCCGAACUCAACUGGUUAGAUGAUACAACAAGAGAAAAAGCUGUUGAAAAGGUGAAUAAACUCAUCAGCAAAAUUGGAUAUCCUACCAAAACACCGAAUGUUAUGUCACCUGUUUCUCUUUCUGAAUAUUACUCUGGUUUAUCCGUAUACGUUGAUGAUUAUUUUGGAAACUAUAUGGCAGGUUUACAAUUCAGUGUGAAGAAGGAAUGGCAAAAGGUUGGCAAGGAAACGGACAAAACUGUCUGGCUUAUGAAUCCUGAUGAAGUGAACGCUUACUAUAAUCCCACCGUCAAUGAAAUUGUCUUCCCUGCUGGUAUUUUACAAAAUCCAUUCUUUGGCAGCAACUAUCCAGAUUACUUGAACUAUGGAGGUAUUGGGGUGGUUGUUGGACAUGAACUUACGCAUGGCUUCGAUAGUAUGGGACGGCAUUAUGAUGGUAAUGGACGAUUGGUGGAAUGGUGGACCAAUGCAACUUCGGAAGCAUUUGACGAAAAGGCAAGCUGUUUUGUGAAGCAAUACAAUAAUUUCACAGUAGAUGCCGGUAAUGGGGAAAAAAUCCAUGUCAAGGGAAAGCAAACAUUAGGCGAAAAUUUGGCAGACAAUGGGGGAUUAGGUGAAGCUUAUAUGGCGUGGAAACGACGCUACGAUAGUGACAGAGAAUGUAAAAAGUACAACAAUCAACGACUUCCUGGGUUGGAUGAUUUGACACCAAACAAAUUAUUUUUUGUGAACUUUGGACGAGUAUGGUGCAACAAAAUGACCCAAGAGCGAGCAAAACAACGGGUACUUACGGAUGAACAUUCACCAGCAAGAUGGCGUGUCAAUGGAGCGGUACAAAAUUCUCAACAUUUUGCUCAAGUCUUCCAAUGUCCUUUGGGUAGUGCUAUGAAUCCAAAAGAAAAGUGUGAAUUAUGGUGA